AUGCACCCUUCAAACAUUCUCGUGGCGCUUGCUGCUCCCUUCCUGGGCCUGACCCAUGCUGCGGCGCUGCACUCCAAGUCCCACAUCACCGUUCACCUCUACGGAGAACACGGAAAGCACUACGUUGAGAAGGUCUGGCCAGACGGAGAUGAGCACUGGUUCAACGAGGGCAAGGACAAGUGGAAGAAGGACUUUGAUGUCAAAUUCAUCAAGUACUACACGGAGAAGGAGGACAGUGACAUCCGUUGUCUCCCAACCGAGUCCUACUACCCGUGGAACCCGCUCAAGGUCAAGCUCUUCCAGCUGCCUGACGAGUAUGGCCUCAAGGUCUACGGCCUGUACUUGGAGAAGUCUCAGCCCGUCGAGGUCCUUCGAUGCGAUCUUCCCUAG